UAGGGCAUUAUACUCCUCAGUCCUCAUCCCCCUCACCGUGUGAUACAGCGCCUCCAUAUCUAGGUUUUCACUCUCUAUCUGAGCACGAAAAGCCAUGGCAGACGUUGAGAUUGGGAUCCCUCAGGAUCCAGUGCAGGCUCACCACGAUGUUAAGCUCUUCAACCGCUGGAGCUUUGAUGACGUUCAGGUCAGUGACAUUUCACUUGUUGAUUAUGUGGGAGUUGUACCAGCCAAGCAUGCUACCUAUGUUCCUCACACUGCUGGAAGAUACUCAGUCAAGCGAUUUCGUAAGGCCCAGUGUCCAAUAGUUGAGAGGCUUACAAACUCUCUGAUGAUGCAUGGUAGGAACAAUGGAAAGAAACUCAUGGCCGUCAGGAUUAUUAAACAUGCAAUGGAAAUUAUUCAUUUGCUGACUGAUCUGAACCCCAUACAAGUUAUUGUUGAUGCUGUUGUCAACAGUGGACCCCGUGAAGAUGCAACCCGUAUUGGCUCUGCUGGAGUUGUUAGGCGUCAGGCUGUUGAUAUUUCCCCACUGCGCCGCGUAAAUCAGGCUAUUUAUCUCCUUACCACUGGAGCUCGGGAAUCUGCAUUCCGCAAUAUUAAGACCAUUGCCGAAUGCUUGGCAGAUGAACUUAUUAAUGCUGCCAAGGGUUCCUCCAACAGCUACGCCAUAAAGAAGAAGGAUGAGAUCGAGAGAGUUGCCAAGGCAAAUCGUUGAGGGAUCAGAUUAGAAAUUUCUAUACCCUUGACGAGGGGUUUUGGCUCGGUAUUUCUUAGUACUUCAAUUAUCUGUAGAAGUCUUGAACAUGGUGGUUGGUGUUUUUUUGGGGGAACGAGGAUUUACUUUAUGUUUGUUUGGAGUUUAUAUCUAAUUUAUGGAUAUUGAGUAAUUUCAAGUGAGAAAUGUUUACUUUUGUUGA